GACACUCUGUCACGACCUUAACUUGUUGACUUCGUGCAUGACCAAGGAUCAGAAGUUCAAAAGGCCCUAGAGAGUAGAUCGAUCUGGACACUUAAGCAUGCAGGCCAGCAUCGCGAGGCAUUCCUUGCGGGGCUUGAGAGGGGCACAGCGGGCAUUGGGGUCCUCUCUUCUCUCACAAACUCAGAAUCUCUUGCAUCCUGGAAUUGCAGCCUCUUUUCCGCCUACUGCUGCUCUGACAGCAUCCUCAAGAGCGAAUUUUGCAAGCGGGUCAGGAUACAGAGGUCUGGUGGACCCAAACACCCGAUCCAGGGUGCCUCCAAUCAACUAUGGUAUUCGGAUCGUGCCGCAGCAGACCGCCUUCGUCGUGGAGCGUUUUGGAAAGUACUGCAAGACAUUGACUCCAGGAAUCCACCUCCUCAUCCCACUGGUGGACCAGAUUGCGUAUGUGCACAGCCUCAAGGAGAUGGCGAUUACCAUCCCUAACCAGAGCGCAAUCACCAAGGACAACGUCAGCCUCAUGAUCGAUGGCGUCCUCUUUGUCAAGGUAAUAGACCCGGUGCGCGCGUCGUACGGGGUGGAGGACGCGUAUUUUGCGGUAGUGCAACUGGCGCAGACAACCAUGCGCAGCGAGCUGGGCAAGAUAACGCUGGACAAGACAUUCGAGGAGCGCGCCGUGCUCAACCAGAACAUCGUCAGAUCCAUCCAGGAGGCGGCGACUGACUGGGGCCUUCAGUGCAUGCGGUACGAGAUCCGGGAUAUCUCGCCGCCCCCAGGGGUGAAGGCUGCCAUGGAGCUGCAGGCCGAGGCAGAGCGCAGGAAGCGCGCGCAGAUCUUGGAGAGCGAGGGAACCAAGCAGGCCAAGAUCAACCAGGCGGAGGGAGAGAAGGAGACCAUCAUACUCAAGUCAGAGGCCGCGCGCACAGACGCCAUCAACCGCGCCACAGGUGAGGCCGAGGCGAUCUACCGGCGCGCGGACGCGACGGCCAAGGGCAUCGCGAUCGUAUCGGAGGCCGUCACCGGCCCGGGCGGCUCAGAGGCAGCCGCGCUGCGUGUGGCGGAGCAGUAUUUGAACGCGUUUUCGAACAUCGCCAAAGAAGGCAACACCCUGCUCCUGCCGGCUGCCGCCAACGACCCGGCCGGCAUGGUCGCGCAGGCCAUGUCCAUCUACAAGACCGUCGCCGCGCAGAACCGGUCCUUGCCGCCGGGGCCCUCGUCUGGCAGUGACAGCAGUGGGGACAGUGGGACCAAGCAGCAGCAGAGCCCGCAGCAGCCCAGCAGCACAUCGCCCAGGAAUGAGAGCAAGCCUGAGCCCAGCAGGAGCACACGCGCAGCAGGUCCGUCAGUGGCGCCCCUAUUUGGCGAUGCAGAUGCUUGGGCUCCCUUUGACACCAACUCAUCCGGCUCCCCAGGCUUCAGCUUGCAGAAGCAAUGAUUGCAGCACCCAGCAAGUGGCCCCUACGAGCAUCCUCUCAUUUGCUGAUGUUUGAACUGUGUGAGGCAAUCUUGCCGUUCUUCUGUUGGAAAAUUGAUGUAAAGUCUCAUGAAGCCGCGUCCUUGAUUUAUUGCAAUAGUGACAUAUGAAGAAGUCAACCAUGUAUACUGUGCUGCUGCUGUGUAAGCUGAAGGUGCUUGUUGC